AUGAGUAUCUUAUCUAAACUCUUCAGAUCUUGUCUCCAGGGUCGACGGAGACAGAGACAUAAACAGAAACAUGAGCGCGAUACACCGCCAGCUGUGCCGCCUAAGGAUCCUGUGCCUUAUCCGGGGAUGAACCCCGAUUUGGUGAAGAAGCCUUCUAUCCGGAUCGUGGAGAAGGAUGAGGAUGAUGAGGGGAGGCCGCGCUCUGGAUGUGGGGGUGGUCAUUUGGAGAAGGGAGUUGAGGCGCCGGUGAAGGUGUCUGAGGAGACUUUUGUUGCUGUUGAGGGGGAUACUGGGUUUGAAGGUGUGGAGAAGGAUGUUGAAGAUGAGGAAGGUGGCCAGGAUGAAGAGAAAGGGGAUGGUCAGGUCAAACAAGACAGCCAACAAGCACACUGCAUCCCCGAGAGACCGGAAAGAAAAAACACCGUCAAGGGACCCGAAGUGAGGAGCCGGAUGAUCGAAGACAUCCCCGAAGAAGCCGAUAAAGAAACUGAACCGAAGACAAACGAGCAGGAUGACCGAAAGGACACAACAGUCCCAGCCAAGGACGAAGAAGGCAUGCCAGCCUGGCGGGUUAGUCGUCGUAAAUCUCUCGUCGAAAUCAUCAACCUCCUGCAAGCUACUGCGGCGUCGGCGCCAAAACUAUCCAAUAUCCGACUCCCUAGUAUCCCGCCCAAAUCGCCGCUUCGCACGCGCGGGUCGGCGGCAUCGCUGUCUUCUUCUGUGUCCUCGGCCACAAUGACGGAAGAUGAGCCAGCUAAUCUGAAGAAGGAACGAAGGAUGGCUGCGGUGAUGUUUCGCGGUGGUCGGUUUGGGAACCGCAAAUCGGCGGAUGGGACGAUGGUAGCAUCAACUACGGCUGCCGGUAAAGAGAAGCCUCUUUUUUGCUAG